GACGCCGCACAAUGCUUUACGAUAGAGAGAGACAACGGAGAGCUUGAGACUUUGGUGGCUAUGGGGACUCGGGAGGUUUAUGAAGAGAGGUUGAGAACAGGUAAUCUGCAUCAUGAUCCGACUAUCAAGCCUGGACUGGGUUCUGCUCGCUGCCCUCGCUGCUUGUCUCUCUUAAACCCGACUUCUGACGAGUCAGAAUGGACAAUCACACCGGUUUUGCAUGACUUUACUGCGGUGGCUGGCACGGUAAUGGGUGGAAUGCUUAGCACAGUCUAUGGGUUGAACACAGGUAUCCCCUUUGUUCAAAGGCGUGUCAAGGGACCAAAGUGGCUUCCUUUUAUCAUUGGGGUUCCUCCACUUCUGAUGUUUUCUGCGGCUAGUGCAGCAUUUGGUGGUCAUGCGCUUCCAAAAUUUACACAGCUCACUGUGACCUCAUAUUAUGCUGCUUCAAGUGCAUCACAUCAUAGUAUAUCAUUGCUUACAAGGCACAUUGAAGAAUCACAUACUGCAGGCGCUCAACGUGAAAAACUCAGCUGAUUACGUCCAGGGACUAGGGGUGGACAUGAUCCGGCUCAGGCAUGAUGUAUAAAUCAGAUUUAUUAUGAUAAAGAUUGGUUCCAAUAAUUUAAUUUUUAAUGAUGUGAACUUUAUACGUUUAUACAUCAAGAAAAGAAUUUAUCUAUUUACAACCAUAUUAAAACAGAGUACAUGUUUUUUUUUGAGGUUUUAGUGCUCUAGUACGAAACUACGAAUUCAAAUGUUUAUCUCACUUCAAGAGUUCAAGUCAUUGGUGUGGU